CGCAUACUAGACAGAGUUGAAAAAAACAACGUACGGGUAUAAAUUAUAGGUCGCGGGUCUUUACCCUAGGGUUGAAAUUCUAGUUGAGGCGUCUGUAAGUCGGCUGCUGAAUAUUUGACGUUUCCCUACCGAGUUCAAGUUCGCUACCAACGUGUACUCACCAUGAAGCUGCUGUUUGUCUUGCUGGUGAUCCCGAUGGUUUUGGCCGGGGAUUUCGCCAAGAUGUGGUCUGAGAUGGAGGAGAAACUCAAGAGUAAGGGGUGGGGGGAGGAGGACAAGAAGGAUCUGGGUAACAAGUUUGGCCAAGGGGACGAUCAAGACAAGAAGUGGGGAGACAAAGAGGUUAAAGGUUGGGGGGAUCAGGACGAUGAAAAGAAAGGAUGGGGGGAGCAGGACGAUGAAAAGAAAGGAUGGGGGGAUCAGGACGAUGAAAAAAAAGGAUGGGGGGAGAAGGACGAUGAAAAGAAAGGAUGGGGUGGUGAUAAGCAUAAAAGACGGGGAGGCAAAAGACACAGAGGUGGUGAAGAUGAUGAUGAGAAAAAACACAGACGUAGCGAAGAUGAUAAUGAUAAAGACUCCAGCGAAGAUGACAAACCCACCCCAUACGAACAGUUCAAGUCAUGGCUUCAGGGACAAGAGAAGCGAGACAGUUCUCAUGAGGAAUUUAAAGACUACAUGAGGAGGAACUUCUACAAGUUUAAAGAGUACCUUAAGGAAAAGGAACUGAAAGAGGAGGAAGACAAAGCUGCCAAACUUGCCAUCUACAAACAGAUGGAGAAGGUCCAGUUGAAGAAGAUGCUGACGGAGAAACUGUCUGAGGUGACCCACAAGUUCAUGGACCAGAAGCUCAACUUCGUGUACUCCAUCACAGGCCAUCUGCUAGACUUUUGUAGCUGUGACAGCUCAAAGGAUGCUCUCCAAAGAGUCCAUGACGGAACUUUUGGCAGCCCAAACAUAACACUCGAUGACAACCAGUACAGAUCUGCAGACGACUCCUUCAUCAACGAAGACUUCUCCAACCUGUUGGUCAACUCAAGCAUGGUAGCUUUCAUGAAGGACCCAACCAAGAAACUGGAGAGGAUCAGGUGGUUCAACGACCUUGACCAUCAAGACCAAUUCAAGUUCGUCCUGCAUGAGUACAUCACCGUGAUGUGCAGCUCAGCCAAAUAUUUGACCAGCAUGCUCAAGGAAGCGGAACCUGAACUCAUCAAGUACAGAAGGGCUCACCGUAUGAUGUAGUCUGGGAGUCUUUCGGUGCAUCUAACCU